AUGUCAUUAGUUUUAGUACUCGUUCUUAUAUGGAUAUAUUGUUAUCUGGGCUAUAGCUAUAGUUUUUUAGGGCAAGCUUUAGGUCUACUGUUGUUUUAUGUUCCGAAUAUUCUACAAGCAUUAUUAAUUGUACUAAAAUGGCCAAUCAAAUUUUAUUUCGUCAAGGCAUGUGUGUUUAUAUUGGUUCUAUCAUUAACAAGCAAUGUGUCUUAUUUUAAUGUUAAGGAUGUGCCUGAUGACUUUCUGGCUGCUUCAACUACAACAGUUCAAUGGGGAAAUCAAAAUAAAAUGAAGGCUGCAACUCAAGAAACCAUCAUACUCAACGUAAUAAGCGACUUUCAAAAGAAAUAUAUAGAUGAUGUGGAAGAAACAGUAGCUUGA